AUACACUGUCAACAAAUUUACCAAGUAAAUACUUGUAUGCUUAACGAUACUGUUAAAAUUGAUAAAAAUUACGUACAAAAAUAUUGAAAACUGUAUUGAUUACUCACAAUAUAUUUACUACUUAGUUCUGUAAAAUUAACCAUGUGCUACCACUGUAGGCAGCCAUAACUAAGUAAACUAUUUGAUCCAUAAAAACAGCAACAAUGACUUAUUACGCCAUCCGUGGUCUAAACAAACAUCUAGUAUAAAUAUUAUCGACAGUCAAUAAUGAAACAUCGACACAGCACCGACGAAAAACAGGAUAAACUAGACAUCUUAUCAAACUUUAUGUCCGAUGGUCUGAAAAAUUUAAUAUUGAUGCAGAAAAAUACAUUGUAUGCACAGUUUGUACAAAUCUUAAGUCUGUGCAUAAAAUAACUCCUCGGUCAUGUGACAAAACUUUACAUUAGAUGUCCAGUCUAUCCUGUCGAUCUACAGACUUAAGAUCUGUAAUAUCGGCACAGACUUAGGGUUUUUAAUACUGGAAAAUAAAGGGGCAGGCAUACACUUCGUCUGUGAUACGGGCCAUUCAGUCGGGUGCUUUCUUUUGAUGAUUUGAUAAUACAAACUCGUAAUGACGUAACAUAUUCGUAAAAUGACGCAACAAACGGAAAUCCGCAUGGUACAAAGAAAAUGAGAAAGAGCCCGCGAAAGUUGUUUGAAAGAUAAAAAAGAAUGCUGCCUUUCACUAGAAGACAGCGUGGAUACUUGAACGCCAAUAAUAAUUGGAUAGUGGAUACGCGUUCACAAGAAGUGCAUUGUACUCAUUUCAUCGUCGUAUUUAUAUAUGCCACAAUAUUGUGAUUUCAUAUCAAUAAUUAAAAUUAUAUAUUUGUACAAUAGAACUUAUACAUUUGUAUUUCUAGAAGAAUUUUGAAUCAUAUCUUUUAUUCGUUAUGUUUUCUUGGAGAAAAAUAUUAACAGGUGUUUCUCAAAGACCUACAAGAAAAUUACACAUUUCAUCAAUUUUGCAAGAAGCUGUAAUAAUAGAUGGUAAACAGAUUGCUAAUGAAAUUCAAAAAGAAUUAAAAGCGACUGUGGAUACUUUGGUACAGAAUGGUAAUAGAAAGCCAAAAUUAGUAGCUGUAUUAGUUGGCAAUAAUCCAGCUAGUAAAUUGUAUGUUCAAAGAAAAAUGAAAGUUGCAAGUUUGAUUGGAAUUGACAGCUCUACCAUUGUUUUAGAAGAAAAAAUAACACAAGAGAAACUUAUUAAAGAAAUUGAUCAUUUAAAUAAAAAUGAAACUAUAGAUGGAAUUAUUGUACAAUUACCAUUAUCAGAGCAUAUAAAUGAACAUGAAAUAUGCCAAGCAAUUGCACCAGAUAAAGAUGUGGAUGGGUUUCACUCAGAAAAUAUAGGUAGAUUAACAUUAAAUAAUCACACUAUUAUUCCUGCAACUGCUUUAGGUGUAAGAGAAUUAAUAAUUAAAAGUAAAAUAGAUACUUUUGGAAAAAAUGCAGUAAUUGUUGGAAGAUCAAAACAUGUUGGCUUACCAAUUGCCUUACUUCUACACUCUAGUGGCCAAGGUAAUACAGGAGCCUUAGAUAUGACUACGACAAUAUGUCAUCGUCAUACUCCCAAAAGUGAACUAACAAAAUUUACAAAAUUAGCAGAUUUAGUAGUAGUAUCAACGGGUAUCCCUGGCUUAAUCACUAAAGAUAUGAUAAAACCUGGAGCCUGUGUAAUUGAUGUGGGAAUAUCCAAAAUAAAUGUAGGAAACAAAUAUAAAUUAGUAGGAGAUGUGGAUUUUGAAAAUGUAAAACAGGUAGCUGGGUAUAUUACACCAGUACCAGGAGGUGUGGGUCCAAUGACUGUAACAAUGUUAAUGAAAAAUACAAUUUCUGUAGCUAUGAAGAAUUAUCACUGUAAAACAUAGACUAAUCUUAACUAAUCUAAAGCUUUUCUGGUACACAAUUAAACUGCGAAUAUUUAAGAAGAAAAUACACAAUUGUUCAAUUUUUACAGUUUAUUGAUGGCUAAUGUUAUAACAUU